CCUUUUCAUCAGGACAACCUGGACCGUUGGAAUACCGCAGGUUCGGGACAAACUCACCUUCCCACCCUCAGGCGUUGCGCCCACCCACCCGCCGCUUCUCGCAGAUUCCUGUAACCUGCCCGCGAUUCACGCCCAAGAAAAAUAGGUCUGAGGACUUGGCCUUGUUUGAAAAAGCCAAUAACAAAGUUCACCUCUCGCUGCUGCUGCUGCUGCUGCGCUACCCAUCUCGACUCACUUCACAGCUCGCCCGCCCGCCCGCCAUGCCGCACCCCACUACUCUCGCCGCCGCCCUCAUGGCCGCGCUGGCCGCGCUGCCAGUCGCUCACGCUGGCAUGUACACCAAGAACUCGCCCGUCUUGCAGGUCGAUGCGCGCUCCUACAACAAGCUCAUUGCAAAGUCCAACCACACGUCGAUUGUAGAGUUCUACGCGCCCUGGUGCGGCCACUGCCAGAACCUCAAGCCCGCCUACGAAAAGGCCGCUCGGAACCUCGCCGGUCUCGCCAAGGUCGCCGCCAUGGACUGCGACGACGAUGCCAACAAGCAGCUCUGCGGCUCCAUGGGCGUGCAGGGCUUCCCCACCCUCAAGAUCGUCCGUCCCAGCAAGAAGGCCGGUGGCCGCCCCGUUGUUGAGGACUACCAGGGCGCCCGCACUGCCGGCGCCAUCACCGAGGCCGUUGCGUCCAAGAUCAACAACCACGUCGUCCGCGUCGCCGACAAGGACCUCGAUGGCUUCCUCGAGGGCGAGGGCCCCAAGCUCCUCCUCUUCACCGAAAAGGGCACGACCAGCGCGUUGCUGAGGAGCGUCGCCAUCGAUUACCUCGACGUCGUAUCUGUCGGCCAGGCGCGCAACAAAGAAAAGGCGGCCGUCGACAAGUUCAGCAUUGGAAAGUUCCCUACCCUCGUACUCAUCCCCGGCGCGGGUAAGGACCCAAUUACCUAUGAUGGCGAACUCAACAAGAAGGACAUUGUCGCGUUCCUGGCCCAGGUUGCCCAACCGAACCCCGAUCCGGCGCCAUCCAGCGGCAAGGACAAGGCAAAGGAUAAGGCCAAGGCUGACAAGCCCAAGGAUGACAAGCCCAAGGCCGACAAGAAGGACAAGAAGGACAAGAAAGACACCAAGUCGAAGCCAGAGUCGAAGCCAGAGCCCUCCAAAGAGGCCGAUCCUGAGGAGGACCUCACGGCGUCCACUGCCACGACCACCGCGAGCGCCACUCCGACGCCGGACAAUAUUGCCAUUCCCACCCUUACUGACGCGAACAUGUUGGUGGAGAAGUGUCUCAUGGCCAAGUCGCACACCUGCGUCCUUGCCCUGGUUCCAUCCGAGGCAUCCAGCAAUGGCGACAAGGCAGUGGCGUCGCUCUCACACCUCAACACCAAGUAUAUCCAUGGCCACCGGAACCUCUUCCCCCUCUUUGCUGUCCCCGCCAACGUCGAGGGCGCAUCGGCGCUGAAGACCGCACUCGAGCUUUCUGGCGAUGUGGAGCUAGUUGCGAUCAAUGCGCGUCGUGGGUGGUGGCGACGGUACGAGGGUGACUUCGGCAUCGAGAGUGUCGAGGGCUGGAUCGACAUGAUUCGCAUGGGCGAGGGCGCCAAGAACAAGCUGCCCAAGGAGAUUGUCGUGGACGAGGUCAAGGCCGAGACGCCCUCGGGCUCUUCUCAGACUAGCGAGACGCACACCGCGGACUCCGAGCCAGGAAAGGAGACCGAGGCCCCCGAGGCCACGCACUCCAUCGUGCACGAGGAGCUGUAAAUAUUAGGAAUCGCGUACCAGUCGUGGUGCAGCCUGCGGUGUACCCUUCUAUGUAGUAAUGGAGAACGAACC